UGGGACACCCCAUUUAUGGUAUCCUAUGGGACACCCCAUCCACUCAUCCAUGUACCCUUAUGUCCCCAAGGGAAGGUUCCCGCUACCAACAUCAUUGUCAGCGCUCCCUCGGACCGCAAUCUGGCAGAGUGGAGGGAGUGGGGCUGUCGCACCACGCACUGCAACCUGGAGGUGCUUCAGGAGAGCACAGUGGUGUUCUUGGCCACCAAGCCCCACGUGCUGCCCACGGUGCUGCAGGAGCUGCGUCCUGCUGUCACCCCCCAGCACCUCCUCAUCUCUCUGGCGGCUGGUGUCACCCUGCAGAAGCUGCAGCGGCUGCUCCCUGCAGGGACGAAGGUGCUGCGCCUGAUGCCCAACCUGCCCUGCGUGCUGCAGGUGGGAGCUGCCGUGUUCUCCCGUGGCGCUGGGGUUGGGGAUGGGGAUGCAAUGCUGCUCCAGUCCCUGCUCUCCCCAUGUGGGCUGUGUGAGGAGGUCCCCGAGCCCUACAUCAACAUCCACACUGGGCUCAGUGGAAGUGGCGUUGCCUAUGUAUAUCUGUUUGCUGAAGCCAUGGCGGAGGGGGCUGUGAAGAUGGGGAUGCCAGUGGGCCUGGCCAGUAGGAUCGCAGCCCAGACACUGCUGGGAGCAGCGAAGAUGCUGCUGGAGACAGGCGAGCACCCAGCGAAGCUGCGCGGGGACGUCUGCACUCCUGGUGGGACCACCAUCCAUGGGUUGUACCAACUGGAGAAGGGCGCAUUGAGGGCCACCAUCAUGAACGCAGUGCAAGCAGCCACCGAGCGGGCGUGUGAAAUGGGAGAGGAUUAAUGGACAGCCCAUCUCAUCCUGUGUGAUAGCGGGGACCACAGCUCUUGGUGCCGCCAAAGCAAACCGUGGUGCCACCAAACCAAAGCCUGGUGCCACCGAAAUGAAAGCUGUUGGUCCCAGAUUAAAACAUGGUGCUCCCAAACUGAAGCGUGGUGACCCCACACUGAAGCUACCAAUCCAAAGCAUGGUGCCACCAAAUUGAAGCAACCAAACCGAAGCCUAAUGAUCCUAGACUGAAGCGUUGAUGGCAGCAAACCGAAGCAUGGUGAACCCAAAGCAGAGGUUGGUGACCUCAGACUCAAAACUGAAGAAUGGUGACACCAAACCAAAUCAUGUUGGCCAGCAAACCGAAGCCUGGUGAUCCCAAACUGAAGUACGGUGAUCCCAAACUGAAGUAUGGUGAUCCCAAACUGAAGCCACCAGAUCAAAACUUGGUGAUGCCAACCUGAAGAGUGGUGCCACCAGACCGACCAAACCAUGGUGACCCCAAACCAAAGCCCUAAAGGGUCCGUGAGCCUUUUGGGAGAUCCUGGCUGGAGGUAGGAGAUGCUGAAGUGUGUGGCCACCAUGGAGUGGGACCUAAUAAAGGUGGGCAGUGUGGUGGCAGGUU